GUUCACUUCGAACAGACUAAUGAACAUGAUAAACGUUAACGUUACGCCAGUUCAGUGAUUAGGUACGUUUUCCUUACAAGUAUCCUUUCCUGAUGAACUGACAAUUCAGAUUGACCUUGUUUGUAGAUUAGAAACAAAAGUAGAUUGUUGAAAUAUUGGAUUUGGAAGUUCACGUUUCGUCUUAAAGGGAUCUUGUCACAAGAUCGUCAUACCUUCCAGAAAAUCAAAAUCUUCAUGAACAGGUCACGUGCUAUAUUUAGAAACGAAAUCGUGAGCAAUAUACUACUUGAGUAUAUUUGGAAAUAAUUCAGACAAAGACGAAGCGUACAUAACAGAUAAAUAUGGAUUGGAAGACUGCUGUUCUUCUUUUCGCCAUAAUAUACUACGCCGAUGGAUACUCAAAAUACGGGCGUACGUGCAGAGAUAUAGGAUGCCUUAACAGCGAAGUCUGCGUGCUUGCCGAAGAUCCGUGCACGUUUGGCCACACAAGCAACUGCGGCACAUAUCCUACAUGCAAGAAGAAGUCCCUUGUCGAAGGAUCGCAUGCAGCAGAACCGACGCAACCUAAGCCAAUGGCUCCAAAACCGCAAACACCAACUCUUGAUUUCGACUCGCCCCCUAACUACAAACCCCCGGUUCCGCCCAGCAACGGAGUUUCUUUUGGCGGUAACUCACCAUAUGACGGCACGUCCUCACAUGGAGGUUCCCCCUACGGAGGUUCAUCAGGUGGAGGAUCCCCCUAUGGAGGUUCAACAGGCGGAGGAUCCCCCUAUGGAGGUUCAACAGGCGGAGGAUCCCCCUAUGGAGGUAGCAAUCCAUAUGGAGGCAAUCAAUAUCCAGGUGGAUCGUCAGGAGGGCAUAACCCCUACGGCGGCAAUAACAAUUACGGAGGAAGUUCGUCGUAUGGCGGAAAUUCGCCUCACGGUGGAAACUCACACUACGGAGGUGGCAACAGUCCUUACGCAAGUAAUUCUCACGGCGGAUCCAACCCAUACGCGCCUAGCACUGGUGGAUCAGGCGGCAAGAGCCCACUCGACAACAUAUUUAAUACAUUGACUAAUUACGCUGGGGGUAUCGGAGGUGGUACGCCAGGAAGCAGUGGCGGUGGCGGCGGAGGACUUGGCAACAUAUUCGGCAAUCUCCUCACCAAUCUCUCUAAGAAUGGUCUCAGUGGCUUUGUCAAUACGAGACCGAUAAUGGAGAAUCCAAACUACUCCUCGUACAGCUCCAAUUCGAGGAGUUCUAAUCCGCAAACUUAUCCGUCAGGCUAUCAACAGAACCAUGCGCAGGAUCAGAACAAAAAUUAUAGACAAACGUAUGCGCAACACAACUGGGCUACCACUCGUAAGCCCGUCAGCUACGGGUGGACCGUUAGUGUGACUGUGGUCUUGACGUACCUGAUACAUCAAUAUGUUCAAAAUAUUAUACGGACAUAAUUUUAUGAAUAUAUAGUUUAUUAUAUUAUAUGCUUGUUUUUGAAAGCAAUAACAGAUCUGUUUUUUUUUUCGACUAGAAAUGUAUGUUGUAUAUAUUUUUUUGUUAUUCAAUUCAAUUCGAUAUUUAUGUUAAAAUAUAGUAUUUUUACUAACA